GGAGGGGCCGCUGCUGAUGUUGUUUACAGUUGCAGGUUGCAAUAUUAACUUUCACGCAGGUAUCAUGGCGGGGACGUCACGACAUGAUCGGGAGAUGGCAGUGAACGCCAAAAAACAGCUGUCUGUGUGCACAGACCCUGUGGAAAGCUUGAGGUUGCAGUGUCUUGCAAGAGGCUCUUCUGGCAUCAAGGGUCUGGGCAGAACAUUCAAGAUAAUGGAUGAUGACAAUAACCGUACGUUAGAUAUGAAGGAGUUUAUCAAGGGCCUUAAUGACUAUGGUGUCCUCAUCGAGAAAGAGGAUGCCGUGGCAAUGUUUCAGCGUUUUGACCGGGACAACAGUGGAUUCAUCGACUUUGAUGAAUUUCUCCUCACUCUCAGGCCUCCAAUGUCCAAUGCCAGGAAGGAGGUGAUCAUGCAGGCCUUUAGGAAGCUGGAUAAGACUAAUGACGGGGUGAUCACUAUUGAAGAUCUAAGAGGGGUUUACAAUGUCAAGUACCACCCCAAAUAUCAAAACGGGGAAUGGACAGAGGAGCAAGUAUUCCGCAAAUUCCUGGACAGCUUCGACUCUCCUUACGACAAGGAUGGACAGGUCACCAAGGAGGAGUUUCUCAACUACUACUGCGGAGUCAGCGCCUCCAUCGAUAGUGAUGUCUAUUUCAUUCUCAUGAUGAAAAAUGCAUGGAAAUUAUGAGUUUUAAGCUGAUACAUUUAUGAUAAUGAUUUUUAAUGGACAGUUCUUCAAGGUGCUUUCUUAAACUAAUAUUUCGUUAUGGAAAUCAUGUUGACAAACUAAACUAAUAUUUAUAAUUUUCCAAUGAUAUGCAAAUGGUUAUGAAUGACCUGUUCAUAUUUUGUGCAAUGUUAAAAUGUCACUCUCUCCACAAGCUAACUAACGACAUCGAGCUAUACAGUGGGGCAAAAAAGUAUUUAGU